AAUAAAACGUCAUGCAAACAUAACAAUAAGAGUAGAUCAAGUACAUAGAUAUUUUACUUUUAGAUAUUUCCGCCACUUGUCUAAAAUAUAUAAUAUGGGUUAAAAGUGUUUGCGUUUUCUUUAUUACUUUUUCUUAGCAUAUAUACAGUUAUUACAGUUAUGACAGUUAUACAUAGUCGAAAGACGUUUUUUGUAUUAUUAUGUUUAUUAUUUUUUUUUAAUGGUAUCGGUUUAAUAUGGAAAAGGCGUAUAACUGAAAAGAAUAGCGGUUGGAUUUCUGAGUUUAGUAUCAAGAACAACAUUCAAACCGCGGAGAGCCUUUCAAAUUGGAAAGGAAGUGUAUUGGAAACAAAAACAAAUACGUUUGUUAUCGAAGGGAAUAAUAGUUUUAUUGACUUUAAUAAUGAGUGUGCCGAAAUAUAUGACCACGAAAAUAAAUGCGAAUUUGUUCGACAAUAUUGUCGGGAUUAUUCUUCUGGUUUAAUCAACUAUUUACAGUUCUAUUUUUGUUCGAAAAAAUGGCGAUUUUUGAUUAUGAUACUACUGUUUUUAUGGCUGUUAUUCUUGUUCGGCUUUACUGGCAUUGCCGCAUCCGAAUUCUUUUGUCCUAAUUUAAAUACGAUUGCAUCAAAAUUGAGAUUAUCCGAAAGUAUGGCCGGCAUGACUUUUUUAGCUUUUGGAAAUGGAUCACCUGACCUGUUUAGUACCUUUAGUGCUAUAUCACACGAAUCUGGAUCGCUAGCUAUAGGAGAGCUUAUUGGUGCAGCUAGUUUUAUAACUUCAGUUGUUGCUGGAUCUGUGGCCAUUGUGUCACCAUUUCGCAUUAAAAAAGCACCUUUUCUUCGCGAUGUCAUUUUUUUCUUAUUAGCAAUCUGUGUUGUUCUUGCCAUAAUCUGGGAUGGAAAAAUUUUUCUAUGGGAGAGUAUCAUCUUAGUGUUAUUCUACUUUAUCUAUGUAUGUACAGUUGCCAUAGGAUCUUGGUGGGCAAAGAAUCAAAAAAGGCGUAAAUGGCAAGAACGAAGAGCAAGGGAUGAAUAUACACCAGCACUAUUAAUCAAUGAUGAUACAGAAAACGUUCGCGAACAUAAUGAAGAUGAAAUUGAUACAUAUAAUGAAACCGAUUUUUUGAUAUCUGAAAAUGAAAGCUAUGGGAGUCGUGAUGUUUCAGUACCUUUAGGAGCAGAAUCAUAUAAUCUACCCCCUUAUCGUCAUCCAUCUUUUACAAGGUCUGCUCGACCAAUCUACCAUAGAAUGAGACCUUCAUUAUUUGGGGCGAUUGAGUUUAGGGAUGUUAUCAAUUCUCUUAAAUCAGAUAGUAAUGCGAGGGCUUUAGGUGUAUUUGGACGAAACUAUACAACAGAUUUUUAUAAUACACGUUCAGGCAGGCCGCGAAGUAGAACAAUGCCAAUGGAUAGACCAUUACUUAGUAGAUCUUGGGCUAGUGAUAACGGCGGAAUUAUGUCAAUACCUAUAAUAAAUUUUGAUAAUCCUAAUGGUGAUUCCAAUGUGGAUAUGAUCGAUCAAGAGGUUACAAGUGAAAGAAACGCUGAGUCAUUAUCAAAUGAUCCAAUUUCAACUCCUGUAUCAAAACAAGAACUCAGUCGGUCGGACGCGUUAAGUAUACCACAUCUUAUGUUGAUACCUCCAACCUCGGAUCAAGAAGCCACUUCGCCUGAUAGGAUAUCGUCAUCAUCAUCAUUGUUGUCGCCUCGUUCUCCUGUGCUUCCACCACUAAAUUUGAGUGAUUUAAAUUACAUAUUAGAUGGUUCAUUGCACUCAUCUCCCAGAAAUUCCCCAUUACAAACUCCUUUGCAUUCGCCUGAUUUUCCUCCUGUCAUGUCCUUUUGGGAUAAAGUCCGCGUACUUUUAUUCCCGUGUUUAGAAGGAUUCUCUCAAAAAUCAUUUAUUGCAAAACUUAUUGCAUUAUUAGCAACACCAGGAUUUUUACUAUUAAUACUCACCUUGCCUGUUGUAGAAUCGGAAGAAACUGAUUCUGACGAUAUUGAAAACAAAAAUUAUGGUACAUCUGAAAAUCAAUUACAAACUCCCACUAUUGUUGUAGAAAAUGACCUUGCUAUAACGAAUUAUGAAGAGAGAAAAGGAACUAGAUGGAAUCGAUGGUUGACUGCCGCUCAACUUGUAUUUGCACCUUUAUUUGUCUCGUUUGUUUUAUUCCCUGGAGAUUAUAAGAUUUUAUUAUUUUUUGUCCUUGGGGGUUCCAUAGCAUCUAUAAUGUGUAUUUUAUUUACACGUGACGAUAAACCACCAAGAUUUCAUUCAUUAUUAUGCUAUAUUGGAUUUGGUAUCGCUAUAGUCUGGAUUUACCUUGUAGCAAACGAGGUUGUAGGUUUGCUUCAGGCAAUUGGAUUGAUUAUGGGAUUAAGCGAUGCAAUAAUUGGAUUGACUAUUUUUGCAAUGGGUAAUAGUCUUGGUGAUUUUGUUGCCAAUAUUACUAUCGCUAAAAUGGGAUUUCCAACGAUGGCGGUGAGCGCAUGUUUUGGUGGGCCUAUGUUAAAUAUUCUUCUUGGAAUUGGUAUUGCAGGAACAUAUACAACAAUACAUCUUGGACAUGCUAUUGAUAUAACGAUAGAACCUACGUUAUUUAUUUCAUCGAUGGGAUUAUUAAUAACAUUAUUUUCUUUCCUAAUCUUUUUACCACGAAAUGACUUUCAUAUGACUCGCGGAUGGGGAUGUUAUAUAAUAUCUGUAUAUUUAAUUUGUAUGAUUAUUAAUGUAAUAUUAGAAUUAAUAAAAAUAUACCAUUAAAUAAUAGUUUGUAA